AGACCUCAACGGCGCCUUGUCGUGGCGUCAUAACUCCGCGUCAAGCUUAUUAGCUAGCUAAGUAGCGACUUCUCGAAGGUGCGGAGCUAACGUCCACUAACCGUUAGCCGGGUAAUCUUUGCCUGAAAUACAGAGACAGCUGGGUCUCUCUCCUCCGUGUCCACAGAGAGGUCUGAACCUCCGUCACCAUGACAGACAACAAGCGCCUCGCCUUCUCCAUCAUCCAGUUCCUCCACGAUCAGAUGCAGUCAGGGAAUCUGACCUCGGGGGCUCAGGAGAGUCUGGAAGUUGCUGUUCAGUGUUUGGAGACAGCGUUUGAAGUUUCCACCGACGACCAGAGCCUCGCCGUCCCCAUGUCGUUACCGGAGAUCUUCGCAUCGGCCACAGCAAAGUUUCCAGAAGAGUCGCAGGUCAACAACAACGCCACUCAGAACAGCCUCACUGAGGAACAGAGAUCCGAGGCCGAGAUACUCAAAACGGACGGAAACGACCAAAUGAAAGUGGAGAACUUCUCAGCUGCAGUUGAGUUCUACUCGAAGGCCAUCGCCAUCAACCCUCAGAACGCCGUCUACUACUGCAACAGGGCUGCAGCGUACAGUAAACUGGGGAACUAUGCUGGAGCGGUGCAGGACUGUGAACGCGCCAUCAGCAUCGACCCAAGCUACAGCAAAGCCUACGGGAGGAUGGGUUUGGCUCUGGCCAGCCUUAACAAACACACAGAAGCAGCCACUUACUAUAAGAAAGCUCUGGAGCUCGACCCCGACAACGACACGUACAAAACCAACCUGAAGAUCGCAGAGGAGAAGAUGGAGACGUCCAGUCCAACGGGGGGGAUGGGGGGAGUGGACCUGGCUGGCCUGCUCAGUAACCCUGGCUUCAUGAACAUGGCGUCCUCUCUGAUGAACAAUCCUCAGGUUCAGCAGCUGAUGUCAGGGAUGAUGUCAGGAGCAUACGGCGGGGUGGGUGGAGCCGGAGGAGGAUUAGGAGCAGGACUUGGAGGAGGUCUUGGAGGAGGUCUUGGAGGAGGUCUUGGAGGAGGUCUUGGAGGAGGUCUUGGAGGAGGUCUUGGAGGAUUUGGAGGAGGAGCACCUCCACCACCUGCUGCAGCCACUGGAGCUGCUGCUGCUGCGGCCACUGGAGCUGCUUCUGCUGCAGCCACUGGAGCUGCUGGGGCCGCCGGGCCCGGAGAUUUAUCAGGACUGAUCCAGGCAGGUCAGCAGUUUGCUCAGCAGAUGCAGCAGCAGAACCCUGAACUCAUCGAACAGCUGAGGAGUCAAAUCCGCAACCGAACGCCCAGCGCGGGAAACGAGGAACAGCCAUGACACUCAGUCAAUACCGUCGGACAGAUGUGUGUGUGUCUGUGUGUGAGUGUGUGUGUGUGGAGGAGGAGGAGAACAGCGGGAUCGUUUGUAACUCAAAGGACUCAAAGGAAGAUUUUUCUGUUUUUUUUUUUUUUUGUUCCAUCACUGAUUUUUUUUUCCUGCACGAGAGAUUGAGACACCGCCGCUGCGUUCAGGAGCCACGUCACCAAAACAAACAAACAAACAAACAGGCACUUGAUGCAGCUCUGUGUGUUUUUAAGAAGAACAUUUUGACGUCACACUUUGAUAUCAGACAGAUUCAUAAUGAAGGUUAAACAUGUUCUUCUUAAAACAACACAGUGAAAAUUUUACAUGUUUGUUCAGAACCCCUGUUGAUGACGAUAUCUGAGGUGUGUGUGUGUGUGUGUGUGUGUGUGUGUGUGUGUGUGUGUGUGUGUGUGUGUGUGUGUGUGUGUGUGGGUAAGUCUAGAGAGAGAGAGCUGUUCAAACAGUCUUGAAAUUAAAAAGAGCAUCUCAACAUUUUACACCCUCCUCCCGUCUGAUGUCUGUUGAUUCACCUCAAAGAUAUUCAGGCGUUCCCAACCUCGGGUUCACGACCCCAUAUCGGGUCUCGUGGACUUGAAAUGCGGUCCCCUGAUAUUUCCACUUAUUGAUCAAUAAACAUGUAUUAUCUCGUCUCUCGUCCGUGCUUCAUGCAUGACUCUCCAGCCUUGUUAAUAACGCUCACCUGGCUGUUUAUAUAACUCGAUCUCGUACAGAGAAAAAUAAAUCCUCCCUCUGUGCACAGAUCUCAUCCCCACUUUUCUGCCUCUGCGCUCGAUAAGAAACAUGAAAUAACCUCAGACCUCGUCCACACGUAGACGUGAAGUGUUUUCUGUGUUUUGACCUUUCAUACACAAACUGUGUUUCAGGUUUCUGUAAACUCUCCUUUAAUAAAACUCCUUCCAGGGUGAAGAUGUUCAGAGACUCAGGUUAAGGUGUUUCUGUGUAGAUGUCACGCUGUGCGCCGGUUUCUCCUCCGUGUGACGUCAUCGUGCGACGCUGUCUCUUUAGUCUUCAUGAGAUUAGUGCGAUGGCAGACGUAACCAAACUAGCGCUGGUGCUAACGAUGCUAACUGGACUUAUUACACGCUCACACAUACACACACAGUUAAGCCCUGACGAUACUCGAUUUUAACUACAUGUACACGAACGCACGUCAUCAGCCCUGCGUGUCCUGCGUUGGUUGUGCUCGUCCUAAUAAAUGAACGCUACGCGUUGGCUAGAUGCGAUAUGUGUAGAGUGUAUGAGACCAGAUGUGACGACUUUGAGACACCAGAGAGCUGCUACAACAAUGGUGGAAAGUUUAGAAGAAAAGUUAACAGAUGUAGUGUUCGACGCCCCGCACUAUGAUGUCAUUGUCGUUGCAUAGCAACAAACAUGCGCGCCAAAAUAGCCGGCGACAGAUCAGCUCUACUUCUGUGUUUUUUCAUGUAAACAUUUACGUUCCCGACGCAGCAUGUUGUUUAUGUUUACAGCGUGGUUAAAAAGCGAGAACGGAGGUCACUGCUGCUUCAUAUGACGCUCCUCCCACCACUCAAACUCCGCCCCCCACUUCAGCAGUUUAGGACGAGAGCCGGUCUGACUUCUGGCUGGCGUGCUCAUGACAGCUGUUACGUUUUUAUGCUUUAUGUGGACGAAGAUGUUUUUGAGAAUUGAGCGUGUGUGGACCAAAAGCUCAGUUUAAAAAGAAUUCCCGCCUACGUGUGGUCGACGCCUCGAUGUGCUCUAAUAUGAAUGUUUACCUGCAACCAGUUGGAAGGAAAACUAUCUGGGCAGGUAUCUGGGGUCCCUGGAGUUUUGUGAAGUCAAAGGAAGGUCAGGGGUCAAAAAAGGUUUGGGAACCACCGCCCUCAUUCACAGCAAAGCUGCUUCAUGUUUAACACCGGUUUAAAAGGAAACACAUUUCUAUAUAAACCACAGGAAGUCCUGAAUGUUCUGUGAGUGUUAACGGUAAACAUGUAUGUAAAAUAUUAAAAGUAUGAAAUAUU